AUGCCUACCCUGGACGAGGGUGGCCUGGCGGUUCGGCGGUUGGGAGGCGACCCCAAUCGCGGGCUCCACAUCCCCGGCGCCACACCCGACCGCCAGCAGCGUACCAGCCAAGGUCCCGGGGGGCCAAGACCCCGAGGUCCGGCCCCCGCCGGGAAGGGAAAGGAGAAGGUGCCGAUGCCGGAGCACCGGCACAAGGACAAUGCGGGUGCCACCCUAGCUCGGAGGGACGACGAGGCCCAGGGGGCGGCCCCCGCGCGGAGUAGCCAAGCCGAGGGGAGCAAGUCCCGGAGGCUCCAGCAUGGCGACGGCUCCUUAGUUGGGGAGCCGGCCCCCAAGCGCCAGAAGACGGCUGAGGCGGAGGGGCAGAGCGGAGCUCCACCACCUCCGCCGCAGCGCCAGCAGCCAGAGAGGAGACCGAAGGAGGUGCAGCGGCCUUCUCCGGGGCAGCAGGCUCCUCCAUCGCCACCGUCGAUGCGGCGGCUAGUGACGCCACCACCACCAACGGAGCCAAGGCCGCAAACCCCACCCCCACCGCCAGAAGUGCCAGCGGUCGGGGACAUCCACCAAAGGUCCAGUGGGCCUUCGGCAGAAAAGGUGGUCCCCCCAAAUGCGCGGGGCAGUUGGGAGUGGUUUGACUUUGUGUAA